UCAGUUACGUUCGAAGAUCCGUCGUGAGCUGACCGUUGCGAGCCAAACCAGUGGAACCAGCAUCGCAGCAUCCUCAUCCCGUCGGGGCAUUCUAUUUUGGACGACGGUGCACGGGUAUCACUUUUUCCUACCCAAUCAGUCGUCUGCUGGACAUGGUGGUGGAUUGUUAUUGCACUACGAACACGGUGGGACAGUACGCAAAAGCAAAUAAAACAAGUGCGGUAAACAAAAGCAGGUGUUUCGAUCGGAUAUGUUGUUGCGUGGUGGUGGUGAUCAAGUGUGCUUGAACUGAUCGGCGGAAAAAUACACCGAACGUGGAUACAGUUCUUUUCUACCGGAUAAAACACUUCAUCUUGUGUGAACUUUAAUGUGUUGUGAUAGUGCGUGUAUGAAUAUUGGAAGGAUUUAACCAAAUUUGCCAUGUGCCUGUGACUACUGGUGGCUAUUCUCCAAUCCAAACGCAUCUAGUGCUUGUGCUCUGAUAAUAGUGUGAGAGGUUUUUUGUGCUGACCGAUCGAGAAUCUAGAGUGAAGUUGUUUUUUUAUACACACGGAACCGUUCCACACAAAAAGGCAUCACCAUUUUGGACGAAAUGCACACACUGUUUACGACGGAUCAGCGUCAUUAUGGGCACGCACAGCCCGGCUAUCCGACGAACGGGCCCACGAUGGCGUCCGCCCAUCACUACACGUACGAUCAGUACUCGCGGUACGCGUACGCCGGUUCGGCUUAUGCGCUGGUCGCCCCACACCAGAACAAGGAGAUGGUGAAGCCACCGUACUCGUACAUCGCACUGAUCGCGAUGGCGAUCCAGAACUCGGCCGACAAGAAGAUCACACUGAACGGGAUCUACCAGUACAUUAUGGAUCGGUUCCCGUACUAUCGGGAUAACAAGCAGGGCUGGCAGAACUCGAUCCGGCACAAUCUCAGCCUGAACGAGUGCUUCGUGAAGGUGGCACGGGACGAUAAGAAACCGGGCAAGGGUAGCUACUGGACGUUGGAUCCCGACUCGUACAACAUGUUCGACAAUGGGUCGUUUCUGCGCCGGCGACGUCGCUUCAAGAAGAAGGACGCACUGAAGGAGAAGGAGGAACUGAUGAAGCGCCAAAGUUUGCUGCUGGACGAUAAGAUGGGUGACAUCAAACCGAUCAAGAUUAUGUCCGGUGGGCAUCAUCACCAUCACCAUCAUCAUCAUCAUACGCUCGAGGGUAAACAUCACCAGGCGGGUCUUGGACAUCAUCAGACGUUUAAGCGCGAGCCGGGGUUGGAACUGGCCGCCCAGUGUAUGGUGAAGGAUGGUUUAACGUCUUCGCUGUUGAACACCUGCCACGAUACGUUCGCGACCCAGAUGAACCACCUGUCGGCGGCCGGUGAUCAUGGCUUUACCGUGGACUCGCUGAUGAACGUCUACAAUCCGCGUCUUCAUCACACCUCCUACCCGUACCACUUCAAUGACGAUAACCUGAUGGCCGCGUCCGGCGGUCAGCUAAGGCAUCAUCACAGUUCUGCCCAUCAUCCACCUCCGCAUGGUGGCUGGUACACGCCGGAAACGCCGCCAGAAUCGAUUGGCAAUACUUCCGGCAGUUCGACGACUACACCGACUACCCUGCCCUCGGUCACCGUGACUCCUACCUCCGGCAUUGGUGUUGGGCUCGGUGGUGUUGGUGGUGGUGGCGGUACCGUGCUUGGAAAUGGUGUUGGUGGUCUCGGUGGUGGAGGUAUCGGUACGCACCAGGGUGGCAGUAUGGGACCCGGUUCUGGCGGUUUCCGCGACAUGGUGUUCGAUCACAACCAAGCGUCGGCUGCUGCUGCUGCGGCGGCCGCUGCUGCCGUUGCUGUCAACUGCCAGAUGGAACCGGCCGGUAGCCCAGGUAGCAACAGCCUUACGUCCGCCAGUCCUCCGGUUAACUCUGCUGCCGCGGCGGCUGCUGCUGCUGCCGGCCAUCUCGGUGGUAACCUGGGACACUUGGGGCACUACCGGUCGCACGUCGGUUACUACCAGGACUGUGGCUUGAAGUAUGGCGUGUAAAGUGGAUAAAGCAACCCAAAAACGGACUCGUCAAGGUCGGACGAUUGGCUUUGCUGUAAAUAGGACAUCAAUUGCGAACACUCUCACGAAACCCAAUCUUGCCGACUUCCGGAUGAGUCGGGUGUUUUUUUAAGACACCUCCAAAGCCGGCAACCGAACGAGCGUGUGUGUGUGUGUGCUUCUUUUUGUGGAAAAGCGUUCAUCAAGUGCGUUACGUACAGAAACCACAAGUGAUCGUGAGCUUAGUGAGGGGAGGUAGCUUUACGGGUGGGCAGGAAAAAAAGAAAAAAAACCAGGCUCGCAAGUAGAUCUCAGCAGAAGUCUCAACAAGUCUCUCUGCACAAAAACCCCGUCGGGCACGCUUUCGACCUUGGCGCGUAUCCGUACGGUCGUAACGGCACGCUAAGAGGUUUGCGAAACGAUCAAAUUUUUGUUUGAUGCUUUUACGUCACAAAGGUGGAUCGUUCGGUCGUUCGUUUGAGUUUGCUGUUGUGAAGAAGUUUAUUCCGCGUGAAAGGUAGCGAAGGGAGAGCUGUAGAAACCAAACUGUAGAUAAAUUACGAACCGAUCGACCAGCAAACGGUAUUAUUAGGUACGAAGAAAGUCGCCCCAAAUGCAAGCCUGAACUUCUUUGCGUUGUAUUAUAAAACGAUUGAUUAGGUUUAUGGUAGGGACGAAUAGUUUGUUAAGCUGUAUGCGAAAACCCAAGAAGCAAAAACCAUUGUAGGGCAACAACGAUGGACAUUGGCAAUGAAGAGGAAACACAAAAAUCAAACUGCGAUGAAAUACACUGUUCGUUGUGUUGAUUGAUUAAUGGUAACAUCUAGACGUAAUAUGGUAUAGAACGUUAAUAAAUAAGAAACCCAAACGUGAUUAUAUGAAAUAAUCUAAUUUAAAAUGGUCGUUUCAUUUGGAA